AUGUUCACGAAAGUUGUUGUUGGAAAUUUAGUAAGUUAUUGUUGAAAUGAUGAAUUACUUUUCGAUUAUAUUUUUGGUAAAGCUGACAUCGACCUUGAAAGCUUGUACCAUCUAUUAUACAUUAUUUUUUGUUCUCAAGUUAUUAAGCUAUGUUGUUGAAUACGUUGAUAGGUUCGAUGAAAGAACGUUCGUUCCCCCUUUAUUGAUCAUGAUGACGAAGGAUGGAUAUGCGAUAAUUAAAUCGCCGCUGGAUCAGGAAAAUAAACUGGGCCCGGCCAUUGCGCAGGUUGGUUGAUUUAUACCCGAUCGAAAGAAAUAUUAAACUUCAACCAGCGAUUUCGCGGUAAAUGGAAUUUCUUUUUAAAUUGUUUUGUAUGAUUAUUACUUUUGUUAUACGUAUGUUAUUAUUGUGAUUAUUAUUUUUACUCUAUAUUAUAUUAUUUUUUGGCAUGGUUAUACUCAUUCCUUUUUAUUUAUAACAAAAUACAAAUUAAACAAUAAUCAGAUCACAAGAAAUGAUGAUGUAGCAAAAAUAUUUGAUUAUGAUGAUAUAAUACUCUCUUGUCAGUAUUAUAUGUGUUGUAUGAAACAUAAUAUAAUGUAUAUAAUAUAUAUUCAUUUAUUGAAUAUAUCUAUUGAAAUUUUAUUAGGAUUAUAAUAAAAAUAAAUAUAAUAACUAGAAAAUAUUUAAUGUAAAUGUGUUUAUAAAUAGAAAUGUUAUUUAGAAAUUCAAAGAGUACUAUAAUCAAUUAUCUAUAGAUAUUAAUAUGUUCCAUAUUCAGUCAAUAUUUAUCAUGUUGUGUUUAGCAUUUAUUCAUUUAUUACUUUAUACUAUAUUAUACUAUAAUUAUAGUAUAUACUAUAUAAUUAUACUAUAUACUUUACUAAUAUAGUAUAUACUAUAUAAUUACAGUUAUAA